CUCUUGGUUGGAGCUUUGACUCAUUGUCACAUUUCCUCAGAAAGUGAAGCAGUGCACUAUGAACACGGUUUCCUUUACAGGCAUGAUAAGAAAAGUUGCGGACAUGUAAACUUACUUCACAACGAUGCUAAUUUUCGCAUUGCUCUUCGGGAACGAUGAAUUGCUGCAGUGGAUUUGGGAUUUCGUGUAUGAGAAGCGUCAUGUCAUCCUCAUGUCACCUCACUGGAGCGUGUUUGCGGCUUUCUGCGCUCACUUCAUCUUUUCCGCGCCGUUCAUGAUCUUGGAUCUUUUGAGUCCGCGUGUGCCGUGGAUACAGAAGUACAGGAUUCACCAUGAAGUUGCUACUUUUCAUCAGUGGACUCGAUGUGCCGCUCGCAUCUUAUUGAAAUACGCAAUUGGCGUUUUGCCGCUGACUACGCUUUUUAUGUUUUUACGGCACACUCAUUUCCCAGAAAGAGCACCGUCUUCUUUUCUUGCCCUGAAGGAAUGCGUUUCUUGCUUACUAGUGUUUGAUACCCUGUUCUUUAUAUUUCAUUACACCAUCCACAAAAUUCCCUGGCUGUAUCACAACAUCCAUCGUAUUCAUCACCUGAACAGGGAGACAUUUGCACUGGCAGCCCAAGACUCCAGUAUAUACGAACUGCUUUCUCUUCAAGCCCUUGCAUUUUUUAGUGCCAUGCUGGUUGGCUGCCAUCCUGUAAGUGAAAUACUUUUCCAUGUGAUCAACACCUGGAUGGCUGUGGAGGAUCACUGUGCAUUUGACUUUCCUUGGGCAUUGCAUCGGCUGCUGCCAUGCUUUUCCGGGGCUCCGCACCACUUGGCCCACCAUCAGCAGUUUUUAGGAAAUUUUGCCCCUUACUUUAGACACUGGGAUUGCAUUUUUGGGACCUCACUGCACAUUCAGGACCAAAAUGAAAGAGGAAGAAGGAAUACAGCAUAGUGUAUAACUUUGUGUGGUGGCCCAUUUCCAGUGAUCUCAUCCACAAAGGGAUAUAAACAUUAUCAAUUUAAUCCAAAACUAAGCCUACAAACACAGGAAAUGAGUUGGAACUGGAAAUGCCUCAAGUUAAAUACUUGGCCUUUAAUACUUGUAAAUAAUGCUUUUACUUGUGUAUUUCCAGUAGUAGAGACUUACUAAAUAUUAUAAAAUGGAGCUUAUAAAUAAAAUUCUUUAAAGGCUGAAUGACAUUGAACAAAAA